AAGAAAAAACUUAAACAAAAAGACUGCAGGCUAAUCCAAUCAACAAAUAAAACGAAGAAAUCGGUUUUACCGAUUCUCUAUGAUUCGAAACACGUAAAUUUGAUUACAUUUCGUUUGAAAACCAAAAUAAUUUAAAUUCAUUCUCAAAAUAUCUGAGUAUGUCUUUAAUUCAAUCGUUGAGAUCCAUUGAUUUGGAGCAGGAAUCCUACCCGCAGUAUGAAGAUUUCCUUGUUCUUCCAUUUUUCGCUCUGCUUUUCCCUACUAUCCGGUUUUUGCUUGACAGAUUGGUUUUUCAGAAACUUGGAAUGCGAUUAAUAUAUGGAAAGGGAAAGGAAAUAGUGGAAAAUGAGUCGAAUGAGCAGAAAAAAAAGAUAGCAAAGUUCAAGGAGUCAGCAUGGAAAUGUAUUUAUUAUCUUUCUGCUGAGGUUUUGGCACUUGCUGUUACAUACAAUGAGCCUUGGUUUAAAGAGACAAGAUAUUUUUGGGUGGGACCUGGAGAACAAGUAUGGCCUGACCAAACAUAUAAGCUGAAACUGAAGGGCCUGUAUAUGUAUGUUGGUGGAUUCUAUACAUACUCCAUAUUCGCUCUGAUAUUUUGGGAAACGAGGCGCUCUGACUUUGGGGUCUCUAUGAGCCAUCAUGUUGCAACUUUUAUUCUGAUCGUGCUGUCUUACGUAUUCAGAUUUGCACGAGCAGGUUCAGUUAUUUUAGCUCUUCAUGAUGCCAGUGAUGUAUUUCUUGAAGUAGGGAAGAUGUCCAAGUAUAGUGGUGCAGAAGCACUGGCUAGCUUCUCGUUUGUUCUUUUUGUGAUAUCCUGGGUGAUACUUCGUUUGAUAUACUAUCCAUUCUGGAUACUCUGGAGCACAAGCUAUGAAGUUGUCCAGACGCUGGACAAGAAUAAACACAAAUUCGAGGGACCAAUCUAUUACUACCUUUUCAAUUCCCUUCUUUUUUCUUUGCUUGUUCUUCAUAUCUACUGGUGGGUGUUGAUGUACCGGAUGCUUGUCAAGCAAAUCCAAGAAAGGGGCCGUGUCAGUGAAGAUGUUAGGUCUGAUUCUGAAGAUGAAGAUUCUCAUGAAGAUUGACGAAGUAAAAUAUAGUCAGUGCACAUGAUUGUACAUGAUCCAAGAGCAGCCUACGUUCAUCGAAACAUUCCUUGACUUUGUAAUGAUCAGAAGAUUUACUCUCAAUAAAAAAAAAACAAAAAAAAAAAAAAAAAAAAAACUUGCAUCAACUGAAGAUUACUUGAAAAACAGCCCUUGUCGAAGUGGUAAGCCCGAUUCUUCAUUUUAAAUCUAAGCGAUCUGCGAUAUAUUAGAACAGUGCCAUUGCCUCUGGAAAAAAGAGGGAAAAAACGUUCUCCUAUUAAAUAUGUGCAAUGAUGGAUUGAAUCAGGAAUUGGACAUUUUAGUCGGUAAAUCUUGAAACUAGCACUGCAAAUUUUGCAGCACACAACACUUUGUACAAUCUUUUUUACCUCAGUUUUUAUUGAAAUUAAGUUCGGUUA